GAGGAAGGGGAAAUGAUUGUACAAAGCUCACGAAGACCGUAGGCUUUGUUUUGUUUUUAGCCACAGGCCAAAAUGGCCAGAAUUUUCUUUUAGUUAGUCCUCGGUUUUAACGCGGGUUGGAAAAGGGGUUGAAAUAUAGCGUGUUGUCGUGAGUUAUCUCUGUUUCAAUCCAGUAAAAUAAGCGCACAACGUCUGGUGCUAUUUCUCUUCUUUGACACAGCUCGCUCGUCGGAAAGUGGCUUGGCCUGUGACGUUCUCUUCGGUAAAAGGAAGUUAGCGCUAGGUAAAUACAUUAGCAAGCGUUAGGGGUUUUCUUUUGUUUUGCUGUGUGAUUUCAUAAUCUUUUUCGUAUAACCUUUGUCGACGAAUAAAGAAUGAAUCUUUUCUUAAAUUAAAUCCGAAUAAAAUACGGUCGAUUUAAUCAAAUUAAAGGCGUUUAACUGACUAGCCUUCAUGUACUGGUAGCUGCUUAUCGACCCAGCCAGCCAGUUCCUUUGUUAGAUUUUAGAAACUGAAAUUGUUUUACCGUUGAAUUAUUUUAAUCAGUAAUUUGAAGUGGCAGUAACGCUUCUUCGGAACGUGAAACGUGGCCUCCGUUUCCGUGAACUGAAGUUAGCAUAUCAAGUACUGUAGCUAGUUUAUUCUCGCCCGAUCAUGUAUGCACCUCCGGGACCUGCAGUCCCCGGAAACCGGCGUAGGCGAGCCGGCACAGCGCUGCCCAAGCAGCCGGAGCGCAGCCUGGCCUCGGCCCUCCCAGGGGCUCUCUCCAUCACGGCCCUCUGCACGGCACUGGCCGAGCCCGCGUGGCUCCGGGUCCACGGAGGAAACUGCCCGAGACAGGAGCUCGGAGUGGCAGACGUACUGGGAUACAUUGACCCCAAGCUCCUGGAAGACUACUGUUUUAACUCCCAGACCAUCCUGCUGCUACGGGUCAUCGCGGCUUUCUGCUUCCUGGGGAUCCUGUGCAGUCUGACGGCUUUUCUGCUGGACGUGUUUGGACCCAAACACCCGGCGCUAAAGAUUACCCGUAGAUACGCCUUCGCCCACAUCCUCACAGUCCUGCAGUGUGCCACGGUGAUUGGGUUUUGCUACUGGGCGUCGGAGCUGAUCCUGGCCCUGCAGCAGCAGCACAAGAAGUACCACGGCUCGCUGAUCUACGUGACGUUCGCCAUCAGCUUCUACCUGGUGGCGGGGGCAGGCGGCGCCUCCAUCCUGGCCACUGCCGCCAACUUGCUGCGCCACUACCCCAGCGAGGAGGAGGAGCAGGCCCUGGAGCUGCUCGCCCAGAUGGAGGAUGGCACAGACGCCUUCCCCGCCGACUACGACAUCGCCAACCAGUUCCAGCCACCGCCUGCCUACACACCGUAGCAGGAGGGGUUCGCCACGCACCCCCCACACCCCACUCCCGCCUACGCACCGAGCACCCCCACAGCAGGGGACAGCAUCCUACCCCCCGCCCACGCACCAAACCCCCCCGUAACUGGGCUGAGCACCGCACCGCUCCGCAGAGUACCCUCCUCUCCCUCAGCCCAGACGCCCCUCACGCUCCGGAGACACCACUGUUUGCCUCGCUAUCAGCAGAACGCAGAACCUCAGACACUCGGGCGGCCCAGGAUCUGAUCGCCACCCACCCCCCCGCCCCACGCGUCCACGUCCCCUGACCCCC